AUGGACGAGGAGGAGGAAAGGGAGGAAGGGGAGGUGGGGGAGUACAAGCUGCAGAGGGUGGUGGGGAAGGGCUCGUUCGCCGAGGUGCACCGCGCCGCGCACCGCCGCACCGGCGCGCGCGUGGCGGUCAAGGCGAUCGACCGCCGCCGCGUCGACAAGCGCGUCCACGACGGCAUCCUGCAGGAGAGGGAGAUCCUCAGGAGCAUCGACCACCCCAACAUCCUCCGCCUCCUCGACACCAUCGACACGAAGAAGAUGAUGUACCUGGUGCUGGAGUACUGCGACGGAGGCGACCUCGAUGCGUUUCUGCACAAACACGGCCGGCUGCCGGAGGCCGUAGCCAAGGACUUGAUGCGGCAGCUCGCCGAAGGACUGAAGGUGCUGAGGGGGAGGAACAUCGUGCACCGGGACCUCAAACCACAGAACCUUCUCCUAUCAACCAACGGUGAUGACAUCGUAUUGAAAAUUGGUGACUUUGGGUUUGCCAGGUCACUGGUGCAUGAAAAUUUAGCUGCCACAAUGUGUGGGUCGCCAUAUUAUAUGGCACCAGAAAUUUGGCAAGGGAAGGACUAUGAUGCAAAGUCAGACUUGUGGAGUGUUGGCGUCAUUCUUUUUCAGCUAGUCACAGGGAAGCUGCCAUUCACCGGGAGUAAUGCUUUUCAGCUGCACCAAAAUAUCCUGGCUACCGAUGAUCUUAACUUCCCUUCAGAAAUUGAAGCUGAUUUAUGUCCUGAUUGCAUUGAUUUAUGCAGAAGACUCCUGUGCCGUGAUCCAAAGAAGAGAAUAAGUUUUGAAGAAUUCUUCAAUCACAAGUUUUUGGCUACAACAAGGAAAUGCGACGAAUCCUGUCAUGCUGUAGAAUUAAGGGAUAACUGCCAGACAAUCACCUCUCCUGUUGCCCUAAAAAUAAAGUCUGAAAGUAUUGAAUCUAAAAAUUCGAAAGUUUUUGAUUCAUGGGAGUGGAUUGAGCGAGAAUAUGUGCUUGUUCCGGUAAACUGUACUUCUAUGGAAAUGUCUUCACUCAACAUCAACAAGUCCACAAAGGAUGAUACAGAAACAAGAACUGCCAGCUAUGAUAGGUCUACUGGCAAAGGGUCUGUUCAGAAUCAAAUCAGAGACUUUACUGCCACAGCUACUGGUGUACAUAGCCAUGGAUGUGCUCCUGUGCUCAUUUCCCAGGAGUCAGCCACUGUGGAUUGUAGACGAGGGAAGCCACCUGAUUAUAUUACAAGGCUUCAUUCUCUGAAUCAAUAUGUUCUUGUUCUUACGGAACUUGCUCGGGAAAAGCUUUCUAAAGGCCUGUACCUGGAGGCGUUAUCAAUUGAACUUGUAUUAUUAGCUAUCUGGAAAGAGGCACUUGAUGCAUGUAGCUUACUCAUGGAUGCAUCAGAUGGUGAAAAUUUCUCUAAAUCUUCUCAAGAACAUUCCCUUCCUAAGAGUGGCCACUCAGCUCUGAAUGUAGUGCGAGGGUUGGAUUUCACUAGGCCGGCUUCUGUUUUUUCCUGGGUUGAAAGUGGGUUCAUGAAGGCAUAUGAUCGCGCAGAGAAGAUAUCACAUGUAUUGAGGAAGAGUGAUGAUAACACCGAGAUGCCAGAUGCAAUGGAUGUCGUAUUCCAAACUGCUUUGGAAUAUGGAAAGAGUGGAGCUGCAAAUGAAGUUCUGGGACACCAAAGCAGAUCCACAGCGCUAUACUCAAAGUCUAUCAUCUUGCUCACAUUUUUAGUGCAGGAAGCACCUAUGUUGCCACUAAAUCCACCGCUGUCCCUUUCACCGUCGGAUCAGCAACGCAUCCAUAGGUACAUAGCUAAUUUGAAGAGCCAUCUCUGCAGUGCUCAGGUUGCAGGGCAACAACAGAGAUCAGUUCAUAACUGA